GCUGAAAUCUUGAGAGGAGGAUUCAUUACUUGACUAGAUUUUUUUAUCACAAGAAAAAUUUGGAUUCCAAUACCUCUGUCCCAUAUAAAGUACAUUUUUGAUUGAGCAACUAAACAACUCAUGGUUGGGAAGAGUCAGUUUUAAACCAUUAGGAUUCAGUAGUACUUCUCCUAAUCCCAGCAUUUUGGAAAAUUGUGAUAUAAAGAUAAUUGCUAGCUAAUUCUUUUAGAAUUUAAUCUUUUAGCUAAGAAAUGUAGUUCUUAAGACCUAAUUAUAUCAGGUGCACAUUAUCUGCUAGUAAAUUAACUUUGGUUUUUUGUUUUUGUUUUUUUUUUUUCUUGCAGUUCUGAAGGAUAAAAUCUUAAACUGUCCCGAGCUUGAGCAGUAAAGGAUAAAUUCAUUCACUGGCUGACUUGUCAUCUCACCAUUGUGAUGGAAAAAUGUUUGCUUAAAAUAAACCCUUUUUAUGCCACUAAAAUUGCCUUUGAACGCAAGAUCUGUUGCGAUUUUUAAAACACAAACCAAAUAAUGUCAGAAUCCUACCCUUCAUCUGGAUUUGUGGGAAACAUGGAAAAUGGGACAUUUCUGGAGCUGUAUCCCACAUCCCUUUCAACUUCAGUGGAUUCAUCGCCUGGCCAUUUAUCCAACGUCUAUGUCUAUGUUUCUAUAUUCCUUAGUCUAUUAGCUUUUCUCCUUUUGCUACUGAUCAUUGCACUUCAGAGGCUGAAAAACAUAAUUUCUUCCAGUUCAUCCUACCCUGAAUACAAUAGUGAUGCUGGAAGUUCAUUCACUAAUUUAGAGGUUUGCAGUAUUUCUUCCCAGCGCUCUGCUCUCUCAAACCUUUCUUCAUGA